CUCCAAUUGAACACACUGAUGUUUAAUCGCUGUUGUCUGCAAGAGCAGGAUUCAAAUGAAAGAGAAGGUGAUCCAAAGCUGGGCUAAUUAGGCAGUCACAACUUUUUCGAAUGCCAACCACUGGCAUUAUUUCCAAAGCAUGGCGAUGGCUCGCUGUGACAUUUACUGUUUAUCUCUCUGUGCAAUGUUGCGAUCUGUGGCCGUUUUAAAAAGCCUCAAUGUCGGCAGAAGUGCGCGCCUGUUUUCUUCUACUCGCGCCAUGUACCAUGAAAACCCAUUGGGUCUUCCUGGGAAACCGCGAAAAAUUGCAGCUAUCGAUGCGAAAGGAAAUGCACCAACCAUACCAAGAGCUCAAAGAGGGCUCCCACAAAAGCGAUCGUUACCGGGUAUAAAGCAUAUCAUAGCCGUGGCGUCUGGCAAAGGAGGUGUUGGGAAAUCUACCACUGCCGUGAAUAUCGCACUUGCUGCUGCUAGUAUGAAAAAGAAAGUUGGUAUUUUGGAUGCAGAUAUUUUUGGACCGUCAAUACCAACUUUGAUGAAUUUGAAGGGAGAACCUGAAUUGACUGAACACGGCGAUAAUCUUAUUCCACUCACCAACUAUGGUGUUAAAUGCAUGUCCAUGGGAUUCCUUGUGGACAAGGAGGCACCGGUAGUUUGGCGAGGACUUAUGGUCAUGAAGGCUUUGCAACAGCUACUUCAUCAGGUUGAAUGGGAUGGACUUGACUUGUUGGUCAUUGACAUGCCACCCGGCACUGGCGAUGUCCAAUUAACAAUAACGCAACAAGUGAUCUUAGACGGGGCUGUAAUUGUUUCGACACCUCAAGAUAUUGCCCUUAUUGAUGUGGUCAAGGGUACCAACAUGUUUAAAAAAGUGGAUGUUCCAAUCCUAGGCAUUGUACAGAAUAUGGCGCUCUUUAUUUGUCCAAAUUGCAACCACGAAAGUCAUAUUUUCGGAGAUGGUGGGGCCAUGAGAAAAGCACAAGACAUGGGUAUCCCUUUCUUAGGCGAUAUUCCACUUCAUGCUGACAUUUGUGACCUCUCUGACCAAGGCAAGCCGGUGGUUGUCAGUAAACCCGACAGCCCGUUCGCAGCUUGCUACAAAGACAUCACAGCCAAGAUCCUCGACAAAGUCUUUGCUUCUUGAUGGUCCGAAAUAAGUUGACGUGCACAUAAACAUGUUGCGCAAUACCUAGAUUCAGCUUAUUGUAUAAAGAUAUUUUUCGCCUAUUACUUCCCUAUGAUCAAGCAAUUAUCAUCCAAAAUGGCAUAGUUGCUAUAAAAACCCGCAAUAUGGAAUAUUGUCACUCUCUAAAUUUAUUAUGUGCAUUUUGUCCACAUCUUUAAAUGCUGAGAUAUCGGACUGAGGGCUUGGAAGUUGUAUAUUCGCGAAUAAAG